UGGGUUCACGGAGAAAAGAUUCGUUGCCAUAAAUAACUAACACUCUCACUCUUCUUCUUCUUCUUCUACUACUACUUCCUUCCGCCGGUAACGGCACCCACCGCUUCUCUGCAACUUUCUCUACCUUUUCCGGCCACCAACAAUGGCGUUCAAUUCCACUUCGCUGAUCGGUUUCGCUCAGAGCGUAUUCUCCUACAACAGCAACAUCAUGCUCGCUGCUCUCAUUUCUCUUCUCCUCGUCGUCCUCUUCGUCCUUCUCCUCCACGCCUACGCCAAUUGCUUCUUCCCUCAGCCUCGCCACCGCCGGACUUCUGUCACUGUCUCCUACGUCCUCGGUCCGCCUCGCCUCUCGCGUUUCGAUUCGGUUCCAUUCGAUUCAGGCGCCGCUCCGUCGAAAGGCCUCGAUCCGUCUGUAAUCUCUGCGAUUCCUCUGUUCGUUUACGAAUCCGAGGAGAAGAAGUGCGCGGCGGUGAUGGAGUGCGUGAUUUGCCUCAGCGAAUUUGAGGAACGAGAGCUUGGACGACGCUUGCCGAAAUGUAGCCAUGGAUUUCACCUCGAGUGUAUCGAUAUGUGGCUGAAUUCUCACGCGAGUUGUCCUGUUUGUAGAGCGCCGGUGCUUGGCGACGCCACGGAUUGUUCCGAUGCGGUAGAAUCCGGCCGGUUGAGUGGCGAGAGGGAAAUCGGAGGAGAGAUUGUAACGGAGGAGCGGCGCAAUUGUGAGAUUCAGAGAAACGAGGGGCAAAACGGUCAGUUUCAUUCUGAUUCUUCCUCUUCUUCCUCUUCUUCUUCUUCUUCGUCUUCUUUAUCUUCGUCGAGUUCUUCGACUGAUCAGCCAUUGAUGUCGCUUGGAGCGUCUUUAAAACGAAUGUUGAGCAGAAACAGAUCGGACGGGAGGAUUUUCCCCUCCUCCGAUGGCGACGAAUUGGAUGUUUGAAUAAUGGAAGCAUUGGAUCCGCCAUGUGUACAGAAUUUUGAUCCACUUUUUUAUAUACAAUUUCAUUAAAUUAAACUUCCUCUGCUUCC